AUGCUGGCGGAGGAGGCGAUGCAGGCGGCCGAGGAGGGCCCGAGCGCGGCCAAGGUGUACCGGCAGCAGCGCGGCCCCUUCAGCGCCCUCAAGACCUUCCCCAGCAGCCGGCGGCCGGCGCUGGGCAGGCGCUACGAGAGACCCACCAUGGUGGAGCUCCCGCAGGUCAGGGCGGCCGCCGGGCAGCAGCAGCAGCAGCAGCCGCCCUUCCCGGCCCCGCUGGGCGAGCCCCCGCUGCCCUUCCAGGCGUACGGCAGAGCCCCGCCGGGCCCCCCCGCCCGCGCUCCGGCGCCGCAGCUGGGACAGCCCUCGGCAGCCGCCGCCGCCGCCGCCUCCUCGGGCCGGUACGGCCACGGCCACCAGGGGGCAGCCAGCAGCAGCAGCGAGGCCGGCGGCGGGCUGGAGCUGAGCGCAGAGAGCCGUAUGAUUCUGGAUGCCUUUGCCCAGCAGUGCAGCCGGGUCCUUAGUCUUCUGAACUGUGGUGGGAAGCUCCUGGACAACGGCCGCUCUCAGACAUUGAUUUCCUGUGUCAAGCAAGAGGGCAUCAGCUUCGGCGGAAGAGCAGAGCAGUGUCAGCUUGGGAAAAUGGUCCACAGUCAGACCUCUGACAACUUGGACCUAGAGCUGCAGUACCUCCAAAAGAAACAGCAGACCUCUGCUUUUCUGAGGGUCUUUACUGAUUCUCUUCAAACCUAUUUGCUCUCGGGAAGUUUCCCAUCUCAGAACGCUUCCUCGGUGAGUGACUUUGGCCACCUGGCAGACAUGGAUCCACUUUCUACCUCUCCAGUGCACACUUUAGGGGGAUGGACAUCCCCAGCGACCUCAGAGUCCCAUGGUCACCCAUCGUCUUCUACUCUUCCAGAGGAGGAGGAGGAGGAGGAGGAAGGCUACUGUCCUCGUUGCCAAGAACUGGAGCAGGAGGUAAUUUCAUUGCAACAAGAGAAUGAGGAACUCCGAAGGAACCUGGAGAGCAUACCAGUGCCCUGCCAGACUGUUUUAGAUUACUUGAAGACUGUUCUGCAACAUCAUAACCAGCUUAUGAUGCCACAGCCAGUGGACCAACCAGCAGAGGGCAGCAAGCAAUUGCUGAACAAUUACCCCGUCUACAUCACUAGCAAACAGUGGGACGAGGCUGUGAACUCCUCCAAGAAAGACGGGCGGCGGCUGCUCCGGUACCUCAUCCGAUUUGUCUUCACCACCGAUGAGCUUAAGUACUCGUGCGGCCUUGGAAAAAGGAAAAGGUCAGUGCAGUCAGGCGACCCUGGUCCUGAAAGACGUCCUCUGGAUCCAGUAAAAGUAACAUGUCUCAGAGAAUUCAUUAGGAUGCACUGUACUUCCAAUCCUGAUUGGUGGAUGCCUUCUGAAGAACAGAUAAACAAGGUGUUUAGCGAUGCUGUGGGACAUGCUCGGCAAGGGCGUGCGGUGGGGACGUUCCUCCACAACGGCAACUCAUAUUACGAAGGGAUUGAUCAACACAUGUCCCAAGACGACCUCUUCAAUAGGGGUGUUCAUGAUGGAUCCGGUGACUGA